AUGGCCUUUGUCUUCCCUGUCACCACGGGUGACCACCUGCCUCCCUAUAGAAAGGGGACUGCCUGGAAGGAGCUGGCCAGGAGGUGGGGGAGGCAGAAAAGGGAGGGGCAAGGGAGCUGGGCUGCUUUCCUGGGGGCACAAGGAGCAGCUCUUUCACUCCCCCGACCCUGGCCAGCGCCCCCUUUCCCCGCGUUGGCACCGGGGCCCUGGUUGCGUAGACCCCUGUUCAGUUUGGAGCUGUCUGAAACUGAGGACGUCUUCCCGCGCCGAGGGAGACCGCUGGAGGUCCCCGCUGACAGCCGCGUCUUCGUGCAGGCGGCCCUGGCCCGUCCCUCACCUCGCUGGGGCCUGGCCCUGCACCGCUGCUCCGUGACACCGUCCUCGCGGCCCACCCUGGGGCCAGCCCUGGUGUUGCUGCGCGGGGGCUGCCCUGCCGACAGCUCGGUAGCCUUCCAGCCCCCGCUGUCACCGCUGCACCCUGCUGCCACGCUCCCCGUACGCUUCAGUUUCCGCCUGCGCCCAGUCUUCAACGCAUCGGUGCAGUUCCUGCACUGCCAGCUGAGCCGCUGUCGCCGCCUCCGGGAAGGCCGCCGGGCACCUGCACCUCAGACGCCCCUGCCACCUUUGCAGUGCCUGCCUCAGGAUGAGGCGUGCUCCGGCGGGGGCAGCAGCGGCCGAGGUGGCGAGAGCCUGGGCGCCGAGGGUCCUCACGUGCACACGCUGACACAGCCCAUCGUGGUCACCGUGCCGCGGCCGCCUCCCAUAGGACCACCCAAGAGCAUCCCGGGCAGGGCCAUGCGGCCGCCGAAGCCGCCCGUGCCAACCCCCGCAGCCCUGGAGCCCGCGCCGGUGGUGGCCCUGGUGCUGACCGCCUUCGUCCUGGGUGCGGCGCUGGCCGCAGGCCUUAGCCUCGUGUGCGCGCACACAGGUAUCCAGCUCUGCCCUGCUCCGGGGAGGGGGUCUCCCAGUCUAACACCUGCGCCCCUGGGCCCGUCCCCGAGAGCCUCGCCCGGCGCCCCGCUGCCCUGCUGCCCCGGAGGCCCCAGUGAGGCCGGUCUCUCCCACGCGGGCGGCAUGGUGCCCAGGCACUUGGGGCCAUCGCCUGCUGGGCGCGCCCUGCUGGGGUCAAGCCCUGGAGCUGAGGUGACAGACGGGGAAACUGAGGCUGGCGGGAAGGCCCGCAGGUUCUCGGGCCGCUUCCACGCCCCCAGCCAGGCUCGCCCUUGCCCGUGCCCGGACGGCCGGCCCUCGCGUCCCCUGCUGCCCGUCCGCUUCCGCCUCCGAGCUGAGCUGUCCUGA